AUGUGGACUACUGCUGCUUUUUUGGGGGGGGAUAGUCGUCAGCCUCACGAUGAUGAUGAUGAUGCGAACGGCACACUGAUCCGGCCAGUCCAGAACCCUCCAACGCAACGGCAGCGCUGGCGUCGACGACGGGGUGCUUAUCGCCAGGUACGGCGUCGUGCGUACCGCGAGCGGCACAGUAUCCCAUCCCCAUGCGUGCCUGAGCUCCCACAGCCAGAAAAGCCGGCAGACGAGGCAAGAGCAGCCGCCCAGACCGUAAUAAUUACUCUACUCCAUUAUUCUCGGGGGGGAGGGAAGUGCGCGAUGUCAGCGACGAGGCGGGCUGGAUUCGUUCAUUUUGGUGUGGUUAUGAUAUAUGAUACAUUCGUCAAUGUCAUCUAA